AUGUAUCGUUUAACAAUCAUACUUGUUUUUCUAUGUAUUUUAUUUAUGCAAUUUAAUCAACAACAAGCUGCUAGAAUCCACCUUCCAUCUGUAGACGAUAAUGAAGAUCGAUCAAACCCAUUACCAUCAUCUUUACUUGAAUCAUGGUAUAAUAAUCGAUUAAAUGAUAUACAAGAAAGUGAACAACAAGAAGAUAGCGAUCAUUUUUGGAAACGUUUUUCACCAGAAUUAGCAUCACUUCGACAAAGACGACGAUUUGGUAAUACUCGUUAUGGUCGAAGUUUAUCUAAGAACUGA